AUGCUUAAAUAAAUCAAAGAAAAACCACUUUCAUAACUAAUAGUAGAGUUGUAAUAGAAAUAUUAAGAAGAGAAUGACUAAUCAAAUUUAUUCUAGAAACUUUAUCAAUAGUAAGUAGAAUAAGAAAGUUCUACAGAAUCAUCUAAUAUUGUUCCUGGUCUUCUUUCUGGAUCUUCAGGUUCAUCAUCUUCUCAUUCAGGUGAAGGUAUAACUUUAUAUAUAUCAUAGGAGUUGAAAAAAAAAUAAAAAAAGGUAAAAAAAGUCAAAAUGUUAAUAAAACAAAUUAGGAUGAAAAAAAAGCAGCAAGAGGAACAAAUGACAAAAAAACUUUAUAAAUGAUUAGAAAUAGAAUAUCAGCAUAAAAUUCAAGAGAUAGAAAGAAAGCUUAUCUUUAAAAAUUAGAAGGAGAUUUCAAUAAAUAAUCUAAUUACAUCUAAGAAUUAACAGAUUAAGUUAGCUAUUUACAAUAACAAUUAGAAGAUGCAUAAAAACUUAAUUAAAUAUUAUAAUCCCAGCAAUCUAAUUUAAUGUGUAUAAAUUGUGGAAAUAAAUAAUUUAUUUUUGAAGAGGAAGCUCCUAUUUCUGUUUCUAAAAAUAAAGGUUUAAGUAAAUUAGGAUUUUCAUUUAUUGUUAUUAUAACUAUUCUCGCUUGUUUUAGUAUUAACUUUGAUGCCUCUUCUCAAAAUUUUAGUGCAUCUCCACUUAUAUAAUAAGAUAAACCAUUAAUAAGAUAAUUGAAUAGCACAGAUCAACAAUAUGGAAUUUUAGAAUAACUUUAAAAUGGUAGAAUUAAAGGUAUGACAGAUCUUAUGGAAUAUAAUUCAGAAUAUAAUUAUAAAUUUUAUGAUACUACAUAUCGGGCUAUCUUAAAUACAAAAGAAAGUUUUGUCAAUGAAAUGAUUAAUUAUAAUAAAGAAAAGGCAAAAUAAGUUAAUGAUUAGGCAUUAGCCCCACUAAACUAUCAUAAACCAUAAGUAGAUUCAUUUUAUUGCCCAACCGUUUAUAAAUAUGAUAACCAAACUUAGGGGUAAUAUUAUCCAAUAAGUUUAGUAAAAUAUAGGUCAAAUAUUAAGAUGAAAAAUGGAUUCAUUUAGUUAUUCCUAAAAAUAAUGUCAAUAUAUUUUAUCAAAACCAUGAUAAAUCAAUUAUAUUAAAAGAAACUUAUGCUGAUUCAGAUGGUGAUAUCAGAGAAAAAUAUUAAGAAAUUUGGUGUUAAGUAAAAAGUAUCAAUGACUUCUAUAUAUGA